UAGAAGUUUGUGUUGAUAAUAGGUAAUAACGAUAAGACGUGUGUUGUGUUUUAUUUUGUGGAAUACAAAAACAUUAAAAUACAAAUUCCAGGUUUUAGUUAGUCACAGAAUGUUUCUGAGUAAUUAUACUGAUUACUGAGUAUUUAUUACUUCAUUAAGUCAGUGAAAUUGCUAUUUAUUUCCGUUAAUUCAUUUGUCAGCAAUAUAAUCUUUUAGUAAGUAUUAAAAAUUAAAGAAUACAGACUACUUUUAUUAAAAAUUUUUUUACGAAAAUUAUAGUUCAAAUAGAAUCUACAGCAGUCAUGAGCGAUGAUGAUGUUUGGCGAACAUCAAGUUUUCGUCAAAAUGUGGUCAACAAAAUGUUAGUACUUACUCAACUUAAUUAUUUUACAUUUAUAUCAAUUUACAAUAUUAAAUAGUAUAUAGUCUGUAGUGAAAGUGCAAUUGUUUUUAUUAAACUUAUUUAAAUUUUUGUAUUUUUAGUGAAGAAGCUGUUGCUCAAUCCGGAAUGCCUACACAAAAAAACAGUUUGGAAAUGGAAAAUCAUGUAUUCUCAAAAGCUAAUAGUAAAGUAAGUACAUAAGUAUCUAAAAUAUUUUUUUAAUUUAUUUUUUUUACCUAAUUACAACAAAAAUAAAAAAAAAACUAACUCAUAUAAUUAAUUAAUUAAUUAAUAUAACAUAUUAAUAAUAAUUUUUUAUAAUAUAUUAAUAAUCAAUCACAGGAUAGGGAAUGCAUUGAAAGGAAAAACACAUAUUUGUAUUUAAUUAUUACAAAGCAAGCCCAGAAUCAAUAAUAUACAUAAUAAAAAUAAGAAAUAAGAAUAAGGAUGGUACCUACUUAAUCUAUUAGUACCUACCUAAAAAGGUGAUAAAAUAAUGACAAUUUUUAAAGAGGAAAUACAAUUUUCAAAGAUAACAAAUGAUGGGUCCUUAAAUCUUUUAGAUUAUUCUUAAAAAUGAAGAAUUAUUGAUAUUAUUUACAUACAUUAAAAAGCAAUAAUUACUAAAAUUAAAUUAAUUAUACAAAAAAAGGUGUUUUUAAAUUAAUUAAAUUAUUGUUCUAGAUAAAAUAAUUAUAACUGUUUUCAUUUUUAUCACAUCUCAUUUUAUGCUUAAAAAAUAUCUGAUAAAUUAACUUAUACUUUUAAAUUAACUAAUUACUUUUGUUUCUUUUUACUAUAGAUAAUUAUUUUAUUAUAAUCAUUUAUAAUAAUAAUAAUCAUUGUGUUGCCAUGCAUUCUUUAAAAACCAUUAGUAUUUAUUAGAUUGAUAGGUUUUUUUUUUAUAUCAUUUCCUGUGAUAACAAAUAUUAGAUAAAAAAAAUUUAUUAAAAUUAGGUACCUAGUAUUAAUAAAUAUUUUUACUAUUAAAAUAAAUCUUAACACAUAUGUUGUAUUUACUAUGUAAAUAAAUGUUUAAAUAAAUUAUACACUUACCUUAUUUUUUUUUUCUAGGAUGAGUAUUUAAAUUUUGUUGCACGUUUAUUGUUACAUGUAGGUGGAAGAGAUAUGAGUAAGUGCUGCUAUUAUUUAUUUUAUUAAUAAAAUAUUUUUUGAGACUAAAGUGAAUUUUGUAUUCUAAUUAUUUUUAUAACAUUUUUUUUUCAGGAGGUGGUAACCAAAUGAUGACCAUGAACCAGAAUGCAGGUCCUGUAAAUGCAACUACCUGUAAGUAUUCAAAUUCUUAAGUUAUUAAAUAAUAAAUAACCAUCAUAUUAUACUCAUUUCAGUGUUGCAAACUUUAAGUAAUCGACCACAAGCCCAAAACAAAUUACCUGGUCCUAUGACAAUGGGUCCAGGUCAAAUUAAUCAAGGACCUCCAUUAAGACCCGGAGCUCCUAUAGGUCAAGGGCCAAUGAUGCAGAAUCCUAAUGCUGGGCCUAUGAACAAUCAGAUGGGACAAGGACCUCAGGUGCCUAUGGCUGUAGUCAUGGGUGGUCCCCCAAUGCAGGGUAUGCCUGUACAAAUCCCUGGUCAGCAGGGUAUGCCUGGAGUUGUCCCUGGUAAUAUGCCACCUAAUUCAAUGGGCCGUAUGCAACAAAGAAAAGUAUUUUUAUUUUAUUAAAAAUAUAAUUUGUUCAUGAAGAUAUAUUUAGGAAAAAACAAAGUGACAACGCUCUGCUACUCAUAGGUUGUUGUUUUUUUCGUGUAAAUAUGUUUUUUUUAUAAUAUUGUAAAUUCUUAAUGUAUAAUAUUUAAAAUAUAUUAUAUAAAACACAUUUGAGCAACAGAGCUCUGUCAUUAAAAUUAAAUUUUUCCCAUCUAUUUUAUAUUAUAAAAAUAUUUAUAUAUAAAACAAUAAAUAACCUAAUAGUUAAAAUUACAAUGCUACUAUACUACUAUUUCCAAAAAAAAAAAGAAAGAUAAAAAAGACGAAAUUUGAACAUAAAAAUAGUGAGUGGGGGGUUGAAAAUUGUAACCCUCAAAAAGCACAUCUAGACAUCCUUAAUGUUAAAAUUAUGUGUUUACAACAUCUCACCCCAGUUUACUUUGAGUGGUUUAAAGCUAAAAAAAUAUGGUUCUUUCACAAUAACAUGGUAAGGUUCAACACAAUUUUAUCACAUUGAUCUGAUUAUAAGAUACCUAAUCCUCAAGUUCAAGUUUAUUUAGUACAGAUUGAAAAUCUAUACCCACCAAAUAAAAACUAGGUAAAAAACGCGUAAAAUUAAAAUGUCUAUAAAUAGCUCAAAAAUUAAUCAAAUGUUCUGAAAGUUUUACCAAGUCUAGAAAAAGUAAAUAUAAGAUUUUUGGUCAACAUUUUAAGUCCCUAUGAAUUUUUAAAACUGAAUUACAUUAAAAAACAAAAUUUAAAAUAGUAAAAGAAAAUCUAAAAAUGACCUCUCUAAUGCACCAACUAGACAAAAUUUCCUUUCAAAAAAGCUAUUAUACUCUAUGGAAGCAAGAAUAUUUAUUAUUAUAUAAUAUAUUUGUUUUCUAUUUCAUUAUUAUAAUAUAUCUCCUUUUAUAGGAUCUUAUUUUUAAUUUUUAUUGGUCUAAAUCAUAGUUAACACAAAUUUGUUUAACUAUUGUUUAAAAUAGAUGCCUGGUGGACCAGAAAAUGUAAUGAUGAUUCCUAAUCAACCUGUAGUUGGAUAUCAAGCAGGACCUCCAAGGUCUGUUAACACUAAUCAAUUUCUUAGCCACAAUAGUCCUUCGUCACCCCAACAAUCUCCUGUUAACGUUCUUCCAUCAGGGUAAAUAUUUAUGCUUUUAUUUUAUUUUAUUUACUUACCUUUAAUUGGCUUAAUGCUUAUCAACACACAAAAUAUCAAUUCUUUGUACUUAAAUUUUAAAUACAAUAUACCUAUGUAAAGGAGUAUAAUUUUUGAAAUUCAUAUUUUUAUUCAAUUAUUACCAUAAUCACAUUUUUUUAGGAAUCAAAUGAUUGCUUCACCAAGUGGUCCUCAAUUAACUCCAGGUGGACCUAUUAGGUCAAUUGGUAUGUAUUUGAACUUAUAUGUGUAUCGUGUUAACUUAUUAACUUUUCGUUUUAUAAUUUAUAGUCAUUAGUUAAUUAUGAUAUUAUAAUAACUAUUUAUUUUUUACCAUAUACACUAGUAAUAGAAUAUUUAUUUUUAAUAUUUUUCAGGUAACGCACCUUCUCCUGGUUCAGUUCCAUCAUUAAAUACUCCAAUGAAUCCUUCAUCUAAUGCUGGUCCGAGUCCUCUUGCUCAAGAAGACAUAGCAUAUAGAGAAAAAGUAAGGCAACUCAGCAAAUAUAUUGAUCCUUUACGCAAAAUGAUAGCACGCAUUGGAAAUGAAGGUAAUGUAUUAUAAUAUUAAAGAUAAAUAAUUAUCGAAUGAUUAAGUUUACUACUGUUAUUAAUUUAAAUAUUUCUCAUUUUAAUUAUUGUAAAGAUGUGGAAAAAAUGACCAAGAUGAAAAAGCUUCUAGAAAUACUAUCAACACCCACUCAACGAAUGCCUCUAGAAACCUUAUUAAAAUGCGAAGUUGCAUUGGAAAAAUUAGAUUUAAGCAGAGUAAUUAUUUUUUAUUAAGUGUGUUUCAGUACCUUAUUACUAUUAUUGUCAUUAGGGUGAAAGUGGCAGUGUACCACCCCCUCAAUCAACUUCCAUGAGAGAGGUACAUCCAUUAAUAGAAGUAAUUGGAUCGAUGAUACAAUCUCCAAACUUUAACCAUACACUUCAUAGAACAUUUGCUCCCUGUAUUGAAUUUAUGGUUGGCCAGAGACGACCACUGUAAGUUGAAUUUCGUCAUUCGAUUAUAACUUUGUAAUACAUUCUUAAUUUAUUUUUUAUUUUUUUUUUUUUAUUUUAAAGGUCACCACCUCCAUACACUGGAAAUGAAAAUUCCAACGAAGUUCAAAGUAUCAUACCAAAAGCAUUAGAAGGAGAAAUCGCAAGACUCGAUCAACGUUUCAAGGUAAAGUUAAUACUCGUUAAUAUAAAUUUUGGUAAAUUUUUUCUUAUCAAAUACUUAUUUAGGUAUCUUUAGAUCCUGUGCGUCCCAGUGGGGCGUCUUGUAUUCGUCUUUUGUGUUGGUUAGAUGAUAAAAACCUUCCUUGUGUACCUCCUAUUAACAUUAUUGUGUAUGAGAAUUAUCCACCUGCUAACCCUGCGUGUAUAAUUUCGUCCAAUGAUUAUGGUGGCACAUCAUUUCUCAUGUGUGUCAAGGACGUGUUUGAGUCAAGAAUGAUGCUGAUGCCCGUUCGUUUCACUGUAUCUCACAUUCUUGAUUCAUGGGAGAUGAGUGUAAGACAAGCAGUUGCUCAUUUGCUAGAUAACAAAGAUACAAUUGCAAAUGAUUGAUCAAACAUAGUAUUAUUACUCAUAUUUCCUGAAAAAAAUGAAUUUUAUUAAAUUAUAUUUGUUUUAUUAUAUUUUA